GCUUCCUGUGUUAGGUGGAUGGAGUUACAUAUUUUAUUUGGGAAUACCAGUCUUGUGCUUGGAGUGAAGCUUUAAUUACUCAAACUCGGGGGUUCUUGAGAUUUACUAGCUGGCCAUUUGUGUGUUGUGUACAUUAUUGCAGCAACAGUUCAUCAGAUUCUUGCACAAGUCUGUAGAAUAGCCUUGAAAGGGUGUAGUUGGUUAUCAUCUGUUUGUGAAUUGGUGACACAGGGCACCAGCUAAGUGCUCUCGGAGAUAGAUUCUAGGAACUCUUUCCUUCAAGUGAUAUUUUUUUGAAAAACUAGUGAAUUUGUGCAAAAAAAAUUGCGGUCAUCAAGGAGUUCAUUUCAUCAUGAAUGGGCAAUCAAAUUCCAUGCCCUCCAAUCACGUAGAACUAUAUGUGAAGGCCGGCAAAGAUGGAGAAAGUUAUGGCGCAAAUGUCUUCUGCCAGAGGUUUUACAUGAUUCUGGAUAUCAAAGCUAAACAUGGAACUCUGACUUACGAUGUCAUUACCAUCAACAUGGCCAGGCCACCCGCAGAAUUCAAACGAUUGGCGAAUCGCCUUCCUGUUCUGAAACACAAUGAUGAAAUUCUGGUGGAUAAUGAUGAGAUUCUGCAGUAUAUUGAUGAACAUUUCCCCUAUCCCUCACUCAAGUAUGAUAACAUGAUUGCACACAGUGUGUGCUUAGAUGUUUUCGCAAAAUUUUCCUAUUACAUUAAGCAGGUGAGCCAUGGGCCAGAGGCCCUCUUGAAAGAGCUGCAGGCCAUCAAUGACUAUUUGGAAACCAGUCCAUAUAAGUUCACAUGCAGAGACGAGCCGUGUCACCUUGAUUGCCUGAUGUUGCCAAAACUGCAACAUAUUCGAGUAGCUGCAAAAGCAUUCAAAGAUUUUGAAAUCCCAGAGGAUAUGGUAGGGCUUUGGCAAUUCCUGAAAAGAGCAUAUGAAAAUGAUACUUUCCGAAAAACCUGUCCAUCGGAUCAGGAAAUUGUACAUGAAUGGGAGUCGAAGGCUGGGAUUCCACCACUCUCUGAAUCCAAGAAGAAAAUCUAUACAAUGGAUGGAUACGUUGAGCCCCAGUUUUCCAUGACUGUUCCAGAACUGCCCUCAACAAAUGGACAGUGAUUGAUAUCUACCACCAUUCUUUUUGGACAUGUUAAUGCUUUUAAAAUGUUUUCACAAUCAUGCUGUAUUCAUAAUAUGAUUUAUAUCGGUACAUGUUUUUUUAUUUCGUAUACAAGAAAUGUAAAAUUUAAUUACAUGAAAUGAUAAUGGUGUAACCUUGAAAAUGAAUCAACUGAAUCUGAAUCAUUUGAAAUCACUGGACAGCCGUGCACCAGGCCCAUGAUUAAUAAGGACGGGGUUUUUAGGAGAUGUAAAUGGUUUGUUUGACUAGGAUGGUUGGAAUUCUGGUUGACAUUAGUGAGCUUGAUUAGAUAACAUCUGCCCUCUGGGGUGGAUUUUGACAUUUUGCACUUGUUGCCAGCAAAUGUCAAGGGAAGUAAUUACUUUCUGAUGUAAAUUCAAUUUGAAGGAAAAACUAUGUCCUGUUUUUGUGAGGGUAUCAAGAUGUGCGUGGAACUUUCUUCAUUGGUGGUACAUGAUGUCCAUGUAUCCACUAUACACAUACCAGUGCUUGCAUUUUAAGAAUGUUCAGUAAUAUCAAAUCAAUAGUUUGCGUAUGAUUGAGAAUUUGUGUGUUACAUAUAUAUAUAUAUAUAUGUUGCUGAUGAUUGUGCUACUUUGUCCAACUGCAUUUAAACAUAAAAUACUUCUGUUCAUGUGAUCCAUAGAAAUAUGAUAUGAAUCAUUAUUACAGUCAAUGAAUUAUUUCAAUGUUUAAAUUCAUUUUAACUCAUUUAAAGCAAUUGUGCAUAUGUUCUGAAGUUUGUGAGUUGAAUCUGAGGUGUGUUAUUUGUUUUUUUAUUGGAUUUACACAAUACAUGUAGCAAUAUUCUAGUCUAAUACCGAAAUAUUUGAAAGCAGUCUUGCCAUUUAUUUUAUCUAAGUUUUAUUUGAAAGAAUAUUUACAAUAUAUUUUUCACCAAUAUUUUAUUGUCAUAUAUAUUAUCUUAUUUUUUGUAUUCUGUUGCUUUUAUUUCAUUUGUUUUAUUUUACAGUCAAACACGGUUAUAGUUAAACCCCCCCCCCCACCCCCCCCCCCCCCCCCCACCCCCAGUACAUAUAUUUGAUAUCUUGGAAAAUAAAAUCUUAGUGAAAGUUACAUGCAUACUUGGGUAUUCGGUAUAACUGUGUUUGCUGUAAUCAACUUGCAUUGUAAACAUGAUGACUUGAAUACCGGUAGUUAUUUAGUUGUGUAUUAGUUUUAGUAGAUCUAAGUCGUGUUUUUAGUUUUCAUGUGUAAGACUACAAGUUAGCUGAUGUAGAAGAACUAAGAGUGGUUUUGAGUAUUAAUAUUUCCAAACAUUUGGAAGAUCUUGAUAAUUUUUGGAAAAGAACCAUCAACUGCAUGUUAAUUGAAAAGUCAUCAGAGUGUCUUAAAUCAUAAAAUGUUAAAUUUUAGUUUGCGUAUUUGUUGGUAAGGUGAUUAUUAUAAAUGCAAAAUAAUAGAAACUCAAAUAUUAAUACUUUUGAUUAAGAAAUAGCUUGUACUAUUCUCAAAAUUACUCUUUUUUAACUUUUAGUCUUGUACAUGACAUGUGAGAAUAUUACAUAUUAAAUAUGAUUUAGUUGUGCAUAUACCAUUAAAUAAUCAAUCCUACUGCCCCUUAUAUAUCUUAAACUUUGUUUUUGUGUUGAGCUUUCUUUGGUUUAUGAUAAACAAAAUGCAUUUCCACAAAGAAUCAAUGUUUGUCAAUCAUUUCACCUUUAUCACCCAGUUUACCUUCAAUCUGGUUAUGUUGCAAAAUUUAUCUUGUUCGGUUUUGUUUGUGUGUUUGUUUGUUUUUUGUCAUCGCAAUAAAAUCCUGUGCGUGUGUCAUGACUAUUUGAGCUGAUAGACUGCUUCAAAACAGGAAUACUGUAUAUGCAACUUGAUAAGCUCUAUGAAACACUCUUAUACUUCAGUAUUGCCAAGAUAAGUCUGUACCUCGUUAUAAAUUAUCAACUCUGUAAAAAUCUCAACGGUGAUUUAGAAUUGUUUGCCACACAUGUACAAUGUUGCUGAAUUGUAUGUUUCAAUAUAGUGUUGUCCUGUAUAGCACUGUAUACAGUGUCAGCCAAAAGUCUCUACAAACAGCUUUGCUAAGCAGUUCAACACUUGCGUUUUGUAUGUACAUUUAUAAUGUUUAUGUCCAAUAAAGUGCAAAGACUACAA